UACAUCGGAAGACAAGUUAGGUUCCGAAGCAGACGGCGACCACCAAGAGACCCGCUCCGUACACAUACGACGACGCGCCGCCUCCUCCGGCGGUGAGUUCCACACUGACUAUGCGUCGAGCGACGCGCCUUUCUUCGCGAGGAUGAGGCGAAAAUCUCCAGCACCAUCAUCGUACAGUGAAUCUAGAACUGACGGGUACUUGAGAGUACAGACACAGGAGCCAGUGACGACUCGACACCGACGGUCCGCGAGCUUCGCGGGGACUCAUCAUCUACAGUACAAUAUGUACAGCCAACAGACUAACGGGACAGAAUCCCUCCGGAAUCAAAACCAAGGGCUGUGUGGCUCCGAAUCAUCUCUGUCGUGGUCGAGCGAGGCGGAGGAGCGGUACGAGACCUGCUCCAGUGGAGCUAGUGACGCACCCGAUACUAGGAGCGAACAAAAGGGCCCGGUCCCACUAGGCGGUGGUGACGGGGGCGGCGGCGUGAGGUUCCGGAGCGUCAUCUCUGAUGUAUUCGACGGGAAAUUGCUGUCUUCCGUGCAGUGUCUUAUCUGUAAUAGGGUGUCGACGCGCGUGGAGACGUUCCAGGACCUGUCCCUGCCGAUCCCGUCGCGAGAGCAUCUCGCCGUCAUCCGCUGCCAACAACCCAUACUCAACCAUCACGUCUCACACGCUACGCAGGAGUCAUGGGUAUGGUGGCUACUUAGUUGGUUACGGUCGUGGUUCUACGGCCCCGUCGUGUCACUGCAGGACUGUCUCGCUGCAUUCUUCAGCGCUGACGAACUGAAAGGCGAUAAUAUGUACAGUUGUUCCCGCUGCAACAAGCUCCGCAACGGAGUGAAGAUGUCGGGCGUGGUCCGCCUGCCCGAGGUGUUGUGCGUCCACUUGAAGCGGUUCCGACACGAACUCAUGUUCAGCGCUAAGGUCGCUGCACGGGUCUCAUUCCCUAUACACGACCUCAAUAUGGCGCCCUACACGCAUAAAGACUGCACAUCAAAAAUAACCCGGUACGAGUUAUGCGCGGUGAUCUGCCACGCGGGCACCGCCGGGGGCGGGCACUAUACUUGCGUGGCGCGGAACGGACGGAACUGGUACACCUUCGAUGACCACUGCGUCACUCCACUGCCUUACCAUCAUCUGCCGCAUUGCGAGGCUUAUGUGCUGUUCUAUAGGAAAGUGAAUCCUCAAAUGGUGGCGUUACGUCAGAAGGCUGCCGAAAUAUUGGAGUCUACCAGCAUCGAGCCCAAUGAUAUCAAGUUCUACAUCUCCAAGCAGUGGAUUAACAAGUUCAACACGUGGUCGGAGCCGGGCCCCAUCGACAACAGCGACUUCGUGUGCGUGCACGGCGGCGUGCGGCCCGAGCGCGCGCCGCACCUGCACCGCCUCGCCGCGCUCGUACCGCAGGCGCUCUGGGAGUUCCUCUACAUGCAGUACGUACUCAAACAUCUUUAUUCAUCAUACAAUCACCUGCACCGCCUCGCCGCGCUCGUACCGCAGGCGCUCUGGGAGUUCCUCUACAUGCAGUACGUACUCAAACAUCUUUAUUCAUCAUACAAUCACCUGCACCGCCUCGCCGCGCUCGUACCGCAGGCGCUCUGGGAGUUCCUCUACAUGCAGUACGUACUCAAACAUCUUUAUUCAUCAUACAAUCACCUGCACCGCCUCGCCGCGCUCGUACCGCAGGCGCUCUGGGAGUUCCUCUACAUGCAGUACGUACUCAAACAUCUUUAUUCAUCAUACAAUCACCUGCACCGCCUCGCCGCGCUCGUACCGCAGGCGCUCUGGGAGUUCCUCUACAUGCAGUACGUACUCAAACAUCUUUAUUCAUCAUACAAUCACCUGCACCGCCUCGCCGCGCUCGUACCGCAGGCGCUCUGGGAGUUCCUCUACAUGCAGUACGUACUCAAACAUCUUUAUUCAUCAUACAAUCACCUGCACCGCCUCGCCGCGCUCGUACCGCAGGCGCUCUGGGAGUUCCUCUACAUGCAGUACGUACUCAAACAUCUUUAUUCAUCAUACAAUCACCUGCACCGCCUCGCCGCGCUCGUACCGCAGGCGCUCUGGGAGUUCCUCUACAUGCAGUACGUACUCAAACAUCUUUAUUCAUCAUACAAUCACCUGCACCGCCUCGCCGCGCUCGUACCGCAGGCGCUCUGGGAGUUCCUCUACAUGCAGUACGUACUCAAACAUCUUUAUUCAUCAUACAAUCACCUGCACCGCCUCGCCGCGCUCGUACCGCAGGCGCUCUGGGAGUUCCUCUACAUGCAGUACGUACUCAAACAUCUUUAUUCAUCAUACAAUCACCUGCACCGCCUCGCCGCGCUCGUACCGCAGGCGCUCUGGGAGUUCCUCUACAUGCAGUACGUACUCAAACAUCUUUAUUCAUCAUACAAUCACCUGCACCGCCUCGCCGCGCUCGUACCGCAGGCGCUCUGGGAGUUCCUCUACAUGCAGUACGUACUCAAACAUCUUUAUUCAUCAUACAAUCACCUGCACCGCCUCGCCGCGCUCGUACCGCAGGCGCUCUGGGAGUUCCUCUACAUGCAGUACGUACUCAAACAUCUUUAUUCAUCAUACAAUCACCUGCACCGCCUCGCCGCGCUCGUACCGCAGGCGCUCUGGGAGUUCCUCUACAUGCAGUACGUACUCAAACAUCUUUAUUCAUCAUACAAUCACCUGCACCGCCUCGCCGCGCUCGUACCGCAGGCGCUCUGGGAGUUCCUCUACAUGCAGUACGUACUCAAACAUCUUUAUUCAUCAUACAAUCACCUGCACCGCCUCGCCGCGCUCGUACCGCAGGCGCUCUGGGAGUUCCUCUACAUGCAGUACGUACUCAAACAUCUUUAUUCAUCAUACAAUCACCUGCACCGCCUCGCCGCGCUCGUACCGCAGGCGCUCUGGGAGUUCCUCUACAUGCAGUACGUACUCAAACAUCUUUAUUCAUCAUACAAUCACCUGCACCGCCUCGCCGCGCUCGUACCGCAGGCGCUCUGGGAGUUCCUCUACAUGCAUUUCGGCGGCGGCCCCGCGGUGUCGCACGUGCACGAGUGCGGCGUGUGCGCGCGCUGGGCGGCCCGCCUGCGCACGCGCCGCACCAGGGAGCUGCAGGCCUUCUGCGACCUACACGCCAGCUUCCAGGAACAAGAGCGUCCGCACGCAAUCUACGGUAUCAGCAUGCAUUGGUUCCGUCAGUGGCAGGCCUUCGUACGGAACAAGACGCAGCAACCACCGCCGCCUGUUGACAACUCCGGGAUUGUUAGCAAACAGGAGGUCGAUGGUACGACGACUCUCACAAUAAAGCCGGGCUCCGACCACGCGCAGCUCAGCGAGGAACUGUGGCGGUUCUUCACCAACAUAUACGGCGGCGGACCUGAAGUACGGCUCAAGUCACCCAUCAACACGGGCCACCAGGUCAUACUCGCAGACAAAGACACCAAAGCACUCGAGACCAGGCGGCUGUCCAGGAAAUAUUCAGAGUCUGACAGGGAGGAAUACUGCACCAAAUCCACCUCCGAGAUGAACAUAAGAGACUCCUUACACGGGGAACUGCAGAAGAAUCAAUCCCUUCAGAACAUUAAUCGACGAUACAAAACCAAAGCCAAUGCUGAGUCCGAUGAAGACGUGACGUACAGGCGAGCUAGCUUCCAAUACAAGCGCACGGAGACCAACGGGAACUACCCGGAGUCUGACGACGACAUGGACGUCAGUCCGCCGCUACACAACUCCGUGUACGUGAACACGGUGCGACUCGAGAACGGACUCGACAGCUCCGACCACGACGCCAACGACAACCCUGUGCCGCACAGGAACACCUCAGACAAAGUGACAGACACUGACUUACCAAAUCUAGAUAGUAUAUCGCUGAAAAGCAAGCCCGCCAAAAGCGGCAAAGUGAGAAAAAUGAAAAGACGGACAGUCAAAUGAUUCUUUCUAGCUUUCCAGUUUGUUCACAGGCUGAGGCGAAGGGUCGCGUCAGCUCGCAAACACUACGUUUAACAUUAACGUUACAUUUUCGAACAUUCCUUUUUUUCGGUGACUGGUGUUUAAAAUACGUGCAUUUAUAGGUUGGACGAACCUACAAACUCUGGGACUCUGGUCUCUCACUUGUUUCGUAAAAACGAUAUUUUUCUAAAGCAUUAUAAUUAAAAUCUGCGGCCUCCGCGCCCGGCUAACGGGAGGGUGUUAGUAUUUUUAGUACAAUUUUAAUUUAGUUCAAAUUCAGGUAUAGAAAAUUAGAUACUUGAAUAAAAAUGAUGUUAUACGUGAAAUAAUCAUCGAACUUGUAUAUUUACAAUAAUGAAUGUAUAUCUGUGUAAAAUUCAAUUGAAGUUAACCAUAACACCUACUAUGUGUAUAGAAAUUUCGUGUUUAUAGGUAGACUAUUAUCUUGACUGCAUUUCUUUCUUUCCUCUUAUUUACCGUGGAUUAGGUAUUUAUUUUGUUAUUUCUGGUUCUAAGUCUAUGUGUUAUUUGUUAAAGAAUUGAUCAGCAAUAAAAUAUAUUUCGUCUAUAUUGGCUGCAUA